AUGAAUAUGAUCAUGAGCUCCCUACAGACUCUAGCAGGAAAGGUUGCCGUCGUGAGCGGUACCUCUUAUGCUGACGUGGUGUCGCAAAAGUGCGGGGAACCCCAUAGUCAUGGCGAUCGAAUAUACCCGUGUCGCCACCGCGUCCGACGCCUCAAACUAGGACAACUUUUGUAUCAAUUCUUUCCUUCUGCCUAUAACUGUCGUUUAGCCUAUACAUUACGUCCCUCAAUCACUUCCUCGAUGGCAGCAAGUCCCGAUGUUUGUGCUUCUUCAUUGCGCGUGCGGCUUGGUACGAAGACCUGGUGGCAUUGCUCGUCUGGUUACAUUUAUAUGGAGAGGCCGCGAACCCAGCACAUCCCUGCAUUAUCCGCCUCCGAAACCCACCAUAACCACAGUAACACGAUGAAGCGUCAAGCACCUUGUGAGCCUUCAGAUGAGAGCCAGCAAGCCAGGAAGAGAGGACCGUCCAGCCGGCCUCCAAGAGCUUCUCAGGCAUGUCGAUCCUGUGCUGCUUCAAAGGUUCGAUGUGAUGACCUUGAAAUAUGCCGCCGGUGCCUGAAGCGCGGUGUUCCCUGCAUUCGCCCAACUCCAGUUGGGCAAGGUUAUCGGUCGGCUAUGGGAGAGGCGCCCUGUGUCUUGAGUAACUUAAGUACAAGGACCUCUGUUGAUAGGGACGGCUCUUGCAUUUUAGCGUCGACCAUACAAGAGCUUGCUGAAACGGCGCCACCCGCGAUAGCGCCCAUAAAUUCCGUUGCUAGAGACGAGAAUAGAGGAGAAUUAACCAACGCGAGUUUCGUUUCCCCAAAUUCACCGAUGUCACUAGGUCAUCCAGGUCACUCGCAGUGUAGUGACACCCAGACCAUGGACAACCUUGGCGACAUACUGCUUACUGAUACCACAGAGUGGUUCAAGAAUCUCUCGUUUCAUGCCGAAUUUGACACGUCGUUUCUUCUUCCGCUCCCUUUUAUUGAUUUAUCCGGAUACCCGGAUGAGAUUCUAAUAGAGAACCCGACAGACUUAACGACUAUGAGCUCCGAAAGCAUGCUGCCUCAAGAAAAAACCAUUUUCGAUGAGGCCGUCAUAGCCCAUAGUUCCACUUUGGGAAGCUGGAAGCCUACUCACGAGGACUAUUUAGGCGCAGCGAGAGCCUCUCUUUAUGUCCCACUCGAUGAACAGGUUCUACUAGAGGAAGGCUUAGGCCAUUUAAAUUCCACCGUAAUCGGUGGAUGCUUGUCGUCCGCAAGAAGAGAUGAAAUCAUAGUGGCCAUGAUCGAUGGGACUCAAACCGCUCAGACGCUACUGGCAGUUCGAAUGUUUCCGUCCGUUGAGAUUCUGGAUAGAUUCCUUAAAAUAUUCCUUACCAGCCAGGAAACCAGUGCCUUGGCUUUCGUCCAUAUUCCGACAUUUGAUCCCUCCACUUGCAGUUUAUCUCUUCUCAUGGCUUGCAUCGUAGCUGGCGCUACACUAUCGCCAAUCGCUUCCGCCCCAUCGGUCAGUCACAAAAUGCCAAUAAUCAGAGUUGUCGUCGACUUUGAACGAGGAGGCUAA